AUGGAGAACACAACUCCAGGAAUCAACAGUGGCGAAGAAGGAAACGUCCUUACCUCUUUGGUUCUUAAAGGAAGCCUGUUUUGUCUCAUCUUGUACGUUGUGUGGAUAUAUGUGGAUUCUUACUAUGACCUAGGGCCAAGGCUGGUCUCCAAAAACUCGUCUUUGCGACCGUACUUUCUGCGGAAGUGCCUCGGGUUGAGGAGCCCGUUCCUCCCGACCGUUUGGGCGUACAGUCCGCAUGUUCAGACGGUCUUAUCCGCGGUGGUUUGCCCGGCUACGUUACCGCGUUUUGAGCGGGAGUAUCUCGAGCUGAAAGACGGCGGAGUGGUAGCGCUGGAUUGGGCUACCUUCGAGGAACAGACGCUGAAGGAUCACCGGGCGGUGGUGGUUGUAGUCUGCGGGCUGGUGACGACCGGUAACGCCGUAGCGAGAGUCUGUCACGGCGCGUGGAGGAGCGGGUUCCGGGCGGUGGUGUUCAGACCCCGCGGGCACGGCGACGUCCUUCUCACCACGCCGCGCCUGCAGAGCUUCGGCGACCCUUCGGACUUCCGAGAGGCCUUGGAAUACAUCCGUGCCACGAACCCUGGCUCUAACCUCACUGCGGUCAGUUUAAGCACAGGGUGCGGGGUUCUAAUCUCGUACUUGGGCGAGUACGGUUCCUCUACCUACCUUACAGCGGCAGCGUGCAUUUCUCCAAUCUAUUCUGCAGAAAACUUUUACUAUUCCAAUGCCAUCUCUAGCAUCUAUCGAUGGAUAUUAUUACAGAGGCAAAAACUAUCGCUUCGCUCGCACGUGUCUUGCCUACAAAAUGUCGACGCGUUGGCCGGCACUUCAGCACUAAGGGCGGAGUCAAUGGCGGAAUUCGAGGAAAUGGUGUUUUGUAGAACGAACGGGGCUCGCACAAUAGAGGAAUAUUGGGAGCAGAACGAGCCUACGAGAGAGAUAGAUGAAGUGGCCGUUCCUUUACUGUGUAUCAGUAGCAAAGACGACCCACUAGUUCCUCAUGAAAGUAUUCCGACUGAACUGUUCCUAACCUAUCCUCACUUCUUCUUGGCGCUAACCGAAAAAGGAGGGCACUGCGGGUUUUUCGAAGGCUUUCAACCUGAUUCGUGGGCUGAAAGGCUGGCUUUUGAAUUUUUGCGGGCUGCUCAAAAACUUAACGUGGCCACCACACACGUACACUCAAACGGGAAUGGUACGAUGAUAUGA